AUGUUGGCUGCCACCGUGCCUGACUCCGUUUCACUCUCCUCACUGCUGUCUGUUCUCCUGGGCCUGCUGCUACUCUCUGCUGCGCAUGGAGGCAGCGGCCUGCACACAAAGGGUUCCCUUCCCCUGGACAUAGUCACUUUCUACAGGGGCAUUCCCAAAAGCAAAUUCAUCUUGGUGAAGUUGGACACCCAGUAUCCCUAUGGAGAGAAGCAAGACAAGUUCAAGCAUCUGGCUGAGAACGCCUCCAGCGAUGAUCUCUCGGUGGCAGAGGUGGGGAUCUCAGACUACAGUGGCAAGCUGAACAUGGAGCUAAGUGAGAAGUACAAGCCGGACAAAGAGAACUACCCAGUCUUCUACUUCUUCCAGGAUGGGGACUUUGUAAAUCCUGUCCCGUACAGUGGGGCAGUUAAGGUUGGAGACAUUCAGCACUGGCUAAAGGGAGCCUAUCUCGGCAUGCCUGGAUGGAUGACUGCCCGCAUAGGAUGCCCUGGAGGUGAGUUCAUUGAGGCCUCUGGCGUAGAGACCCACCAGGCCAAAUCGAAAGAGGGGCAGGACAGCCUCUCAGGUGUGAAGGAGGCACUCAAGAAGUGGGCUAGCCAGCACCUGAAGAUCAUGGUCUUGGACCAAGGUUAAGACUUUCUGGCCUCGGAGAUGACCCGGAUCAGUAAGCUGACUGAGAACAAGAUGAAUGACAGCAAGAAGGAAGAGCUGCAGAAGAGUUUGAACAUCCUGACUGCCUUCCAGAAGAACGGGGCUGAGAAGGAGGAGCUGUGA